AUGGCUCCACGUCAAGCCAAGCCAGUAGAGCGUCUGCUGCCAACCCAGACAUUGAUCAUCGACAAUGGAGCCCAUACCAUGAAAGCUGGCUUCGCUACAUCAACAUUGAGGUUAGAGGAUUGUCAGGCCAUUCCAAAUUGCCUCGCAAAAGACCGUGGGAAACAUGUAUGGAUCGGAGCACAGUUAGAGAAAUGCAAUGACUUUGGCGAAAUCGCCUUUCGUAGGCCGGUUGAAAAGGGCUUUCUCGUCAAUUGGGAAGCCCAAAAAGCUAUUUGGGAUAAUACGUUUUUUGAGAAGAACGCUAAAUUGGCGUGUGACCCUCAAACCACAAAUCUCAUUCUCACAGAAGCGCCAAAUACGCCAGUGUCUCUCCAAACCAACUGUGACCAGGUCGUCUUCGAAGAGUAUGAGUUCGCCUCGUAUAGUAGAUGCCUUGGUCCAUCUCUGAACGCCUAUCAGGACAUCCAAAGCCUUUUUGGGGCACCCCCUCGCGGACACGAUCUUGCUGCUCUCCCUGCCGAGUGUUUGCUUGUCAUUGACUCAGGCUACUCUCAUUCAACCGUCACCCCUCUCUUCAAUGGUCGGCCCAUACAGCAAGCCGUCCGCCGUCUUGACAUCGGUGGUAAGUUCAUGACGAACUACUUGAAAGAACUCAUCUCGAUCCGCCAUUAUAAUAUGCUCGACGAAAGCUAUGUAAUGAACGAAAUCAAGGAAGCAGUCUGCUACGUCAGCCAGGACUUCAAACGUGAUCUUGAGCGGACUUGGAAGCGAACCUCUAUAAGCCGGAAGAAAGCUAUAGGUGACGAGCGGGACAUCGUUGUUGACUAUGUGCUUCCAGAUUAUAACGCUCACAAGCAUGGCUUCAUGCGUCCUCAUGACCCUUCUCCGACUGCGAAGAUGAGGAAGAUGGGAUCGAUGGCCGGAGCAGGUGAUGUCGUCGAAGACUAUAUGACCCUUGGAAACGAGAGGUUCACGGUGCCAGAGCUAUUAUUCAGUCCGGGAGAUGUGGGCAUGAAGCAGGAGGGGUUGCCAGCUAUCGCCUUGCAGAGUCUAUCUGGUUUACCGCCAGGACUGUGGCCGGCUAUGUUGGCGAACAUUCUUGUCGUGGGCGGCAACUCGAAGAUUGAGGGAUUCAUGUCAAGGCUCGAGACAGAGAUUCGGCAGCUUGCGCCUUCGGAGUGUGUAAUUCGUAUUGCAAGAGCUUCUGAUCCAAUCAAGUCAAAUUGGCUCGGUGGUGCUUACCUCGCAGCGGACCCUGCCGCGUUGAAAGCAGUCCAAGUCACUAGAGAGGAGUACAACGAAAAUGGAAGUGCCUGGCUCGGAAAGGUCUUUUCAGGAGCUGUGAGACGGUAG